AGAUCCGUUCCUGGGACUAUCGGUCGUACACCGUAGUUUAUUUAGAGAUACUAUUAUUUUUUCUUCUGUUUGUUUUUUUGUUUUUAAACAUAAUGAAAAUCAUUUAACGAAGCUUGUCAUGGAUGGAAUUUGACUUUAAAUUACAUAAGCAGGUAUCGUCAACGCAUCUGUCAUGAGGAUAACUAUUAUAUUGUUAGGUCUAUUUACCAUUGUCUCCAUGAGAUCAAGUAGGAGAAAGAAUUAUAAACCUAAAGCAAAACCUGAAGAAGUGAAUUUUAAUCCGGAUAAGGCAUUUACAAUUGGUGUUAUAAUUCCCAAUUCUGUUUCAACGUCGAGAGUACCGCAAGAAAAAACUGAUAUUAGAUCGGCUAUUGAACUUUUUAACAGGAAAUAUGAUAAGUUGCUCAAAUCGACUACUUUGCAGUUCGUUUUUAAAGACAUUCAAGGAAAUUUGAAUACACCAGAAUUGUACAGGACAAUGUGCGGGAAAAAUGGUUUACUUAAAAAUAAGAUAAAUGCGAUUUUGUAUAUAGAAAAUUUACUCUCUAAAAAAUCGACUGGCCAACAACCAUAUUCUCAGCAGUUAUUGAAUAUUGCUAAUUUUUAUCAAAUACCAAUUUUAACUUGGGAUUUAACCGGAACUCUUCAGGCCAACAAAGACCGUCUAAUGCUACAGUUGACGCCGUCCCUCGCUCAGCAGGCACAAGCAAUGCUCCAUCUCCUCAAACGAUAUAACUGGCGUUCUUUCGCCAUCGUUACGGGUCGUCUAUACGGUUAUGAUAGAUUUUCUACAGCUUUAAUGGAUCUAAUUCGGGUCGAUGACGAAUUCGAGACCAUGGAAAUGUUAACUAAGAUUCAUAUAUUAUCAUUUAAAAGCCUAUUGCACGUUAAAGAGGAGCUGGGGAGGAUAGCUACUGUAAAAGCAAGAGUAAUGCUCAUUUAUUCAUCUAGAGAGGAAGCGACGCAAAUAUUCGACGUCGCCAGCGAAAUGGGAAUCACUGGUAAAAAUUAUGUAUGGAUAGCAGCCAAAUGCGUUAUAUCCAGAACUAGACAACUAAACGAAAAUAAUCCAGUCAUGCUCGAAUUUGACCACGUAAAAUUCCCACCUGGAAUGUUUGCUAUUCACUUUGCCGAUAGUAGAGAGCACCAAAAGAAAUAUAUCAGGAAAGGUCUAUCACUAUGGGUGAAAGCAGUUUUACACUUGCAUCGGAAUGCUCGUCUAAAAGGAUUGAAGCUUCGCCCUCCAUAUAACUGUAGCUAUAAUGAAGGAAACGUAUGGAAGUACGGCCAUUUCAUAUUCGAUUCUAUGCUAGAUAACGAUAUAUGGCCAAACGACACUAGUCUCAUUAUGAAACCUUUUUCUAUGUCCGACGAUGGAUCUUUGAGAGAAACCAAGUUGGAUAUUUUAAAUUUAGGACCGAAUAAUGAGCGAAAUGAAAGGCAAUGGACCACUGUUGGCGAGUGGAAUUCUACUGAAAAUAAAUUGAAAAUGAAAGAUAUUACAUGGCCCGGUGAGGCUGCGGCGCCACCCAUUGGCCGACCUGAAAAGUAUGAACUGAAAAUUGUUACUCUAGAUGAGAAGCCGUAUGUAGUCUAUAGUGAUCCAGAUCCUAACUUUGGUACCUGCCCACCAAUGGCGGUUUUAUGCAGAAUUGCUCCGGAAAAUGAAACGAAAGGCGUCGCUAAUGCAACAGCAAAUCCGAAAUUAUAUCAAUGCUGCUCUGGGCUAUGCAUUGAUCUUCUCAAGAUGUUAUCGGAAAAAAUGCACUUCAAUUUCGAACUCUUCCAAGUUUCUGACGCAAAAUGGGGAGCAUAUGACAAAAUUAACAAUGAAUGGAACGGCCUAAUCAAGGAUAUAUUAGACGGCAAAGCUGAUAUGGUUGUCACUUCUUUAAAGAUCAAUCCUGAACGGUCACGUGCAAUAGAUUUUAGCGUGCCAUUUCUCGAAACUGGAAUAACGAUAAUUGUAGCUGUGCGAGACGGUGUUAUAUCACCUACGGCCUUUCUCGAACCUUAUGAUUAUCCAUCCUGGUGCUUAAUCCUAAUAUUUAGUGUGCACGCUUCCGGGGCAGCCAUAUUCAUUUUUGAGUGGUUAUCACCCAGCGGAUUAGACAAGGGUAGAAAACCGAUAGGAGAACAUCGGUUCUCGUUGUUUCGAGGUUUUUGGCUUAUUUGGGCAAUGCUUUUUGGAGCUGCUGUACAAAUUGACAACCCCAGAGGCGUGUCCAGCCGAUUUUUGGGAAAUAUCUGGGCUUUAUUCGCUGUUGUUUUCACGGCAAGUUAUACUGCUAAUCUAGCAGCUUUCAUGAUUACGAAAGAAGAUUAUGAUCGUUUAAGCGGUAUUCAAGACUGGAGAUUAAUGAAUCCCAAAGCGCAUAAGCCCCCUUUUAAAUUUGCUACUGUACCUGAUGGAAGUACGGAAACAAAUUUGAGAAACAAUUAUCCAGCUAUGUACGAUUAUAUGAAACAGUUCAACAGAUCUAGGGUAGAGGAUGGAGUCAAAGCGGUAAAGGAUGGCGAUAUAAAUGCUUUCAUAUAUGAUGCUACCGUUUUAGAAUAUUUGGCUGGGCAAGAUGACGGAUGCAAACUGCGAACAGUUGGUGCAUGGUAUGCAAUGACUGGUUAUGGAAUUGGGUUUCCUAAGGGCUCAAAGUGGAAAGAAAUUGUUAACAAGUACCUACUUCAAUUUCAGCACGAGGGUCGAGAAUUAGAGCGUCUUCAAAAGUUCUGGCUAGCUGGAGCAUGCUCCCUCAAUAAAGAUGAGGGAGAAAGUUCAAUGCCAUUAGGGAUCUUAAACUUUACUUCGGCGUUUAUUUUGCUUGCUGGAGGAAUGUUUCUUGGUGUUUUACUUUUAUUACUUGAACACGUUUAUUUUAAAUUUUUUCGAGCAAAACUUCGAAGAUGGGAUAAGUGUGGUUGCUGUGGUUUAAUUAGUUUGUCAAUGGGAAAAUCCUUGACUUUCGAAGAAUCAGUUAGAGAAGCAUUAACUUUUCAAAAAUUACACAAGUGCAACAAUGCCAUGUGCGAUGCCACUCGUUCUAAAUUACGUCGUGAGUUGGACCUAGCGAUAUAUCGAAUCAAUCGAAUGGAAGAACAAUUACGAAACACCUGCUCUCCAGAAUCUUAUCAAAUGCUAAAUGGUAAGAAAGCAUUCUACGCGUCAAAGUCUGAACCGUCGACGCCGGAGCCUUGUCGUAAAGUUCACACAUCUCCUCCCCUGGUAAGAUAUCCCUCUCUAGAAGCUGGUAAAUGGUGUGAUCCUACAGAAAGUUCUCACGAAAAUGAAAAUUAUAGUAAAUCUGCAUUAAAAAAACGUCAUAGAGGACUUUGCUACAUUCCAAUAGAAGAUGUCGAAAAAGAGACUGUGCUUUAAUAUAAAUAAUAAUCUACCUAUUGUGAUAUAAACUCUUUUUUAAAACUGACAGAUGUUGAUGGCAUUAAAUCUAUUGUGUGCUAAUUCGUAAUAUCUAAAGUAUAAACUUUUAAAAUUUUUUUUAACGUAUAUAGUUUAAAUACAUAUGCUGCAUCCUAUGUAUAGGCUUUAUUCA